AGCAUAUAUUUAUCCUCCUAGUCUGCUCCCAACCCACUCGAGCCCUUCGGUUCUCUUGCCGACUUGCCCCUCAUUGUCACCAGCUUCGGAUCACUCAUCAUCUCCGGAGCUCGAUUUCUGUGAUCCACGAAAGCUCACAUAUCCGUCACCCAAUCCGUCCGCUUCUGACAAGGAUUUGGAGUUUGCUACUCUUCCUUCCAUUCGCGAUGAUGAUGACGAACACAACUUCAUGCUCGGUAUGGGAAAGGACGAUAUUAAGACCGAGGGAAGGGAUUUUGCCCACGGCUUCCUUGGUCUCGAGGAGCAACUCUCUGACUUCGAGUCUGAUAACGAGCUUGUCUCCGGAUUGAUGAACAUGCCACAGAACACCAUCAACCCCGUCGAUCUUCUCGGAAACAGGCGUCAGCGUGAUGGCUUUGAUGACGAGGAGGGCUGGGAGAUGGAUGACCUGAGCGAUGAUGAGAGCGUAUCUGGUGAUAUUAACAGCCAGGAAUUUCAAGCACCGUUGUCUCCUCCUCCAUCUGAUUCGUCUCGAGGAGGCUCCGCAAUCCCUCCCACCAAGCAACGCAAGGUUCAGAGGAAGAUCAAGGCUGAGACGUAUGAAGACUCCGAAGCGGAGCUCGACGAUAUAAUUGCCAACGCUCGAGCAAACGGGUACCCCGAAAGUACUUGCGAUGGUGAUUUCUUUUCGCACUCUAGCUGCCAUGAAUCAUCAAUCACACCUGCCCCAACCGAAUCAUCCUUCUACGAGUCUUCGGAUUCGCAGGUAGUUUCCCCAGCACCCGUCGUCCGCCGUGGACGUAAGCAGUCUUUGACUGAGGAUCCCUCAAAGACUUUUGUGUGCCACUUGUGCUCCCGCCGCUUCCGUCGACAGGAACACCUCAAGAGGCACUUCCGCUCUCUUCACACCAAGGAUAAGCCCUUCUCUUGUGGCGAAUGUGGCAAGAAAUUCUCACGUUCUGAUAACCUGAGCCAGCAUGCACGAACUCACGGAAGUACCACCAUUCACAUGACCCUCAUCGAUGGUGACAUGAUGGGCGAGGAUGAUUCGGAUGUGCUUUCAGAGCAUAGCGAAUCAUUAGGCAUUGUCCUUGUCAACGCAACCCAAGCCUCAUCGGGGAUCAAGGAUAAGAUUUCUUCCUCAUCACCAGAGUCCAAGAAGAGCCGACGUAAGAGAAAGAGAGACGAGUAAUGGUAACACGACGGAUGCCUGGGCGUGUGGUUAGCAUAGCGAAAACAUUUGAUUUUCGGGCGCUAUUAUUUCUAUUGUUUUAUUGUUUCCUUUUUAUCCCUUCUUUUCUUCCACAUUGAAUUUUAUUCGAUUCCUUGUUACAUGGUGAUUGGGAGGUUUAGAUACCAGGUGUAUGGCGGCGGCAGGGGCUUGGGGUAGGCACAAAAGAAAUUAAUGCGGCGCUUAUAUUUGGGGAUUGUGAUUUGUCUUUUUUUCUUUUCACUUUUAUUCUUAUUCCCAUUGCGUUCAAUUCUCAGUAAGAGGAGGAUCUCCGAUUGAAAAAAGGAAGCUCACGAAAGUUGGACGCUACGACACGAGGAGAUACGAAAAAAAUCCAUUCAUCAACAUUACUACUCUUAAUAAUUUCUGGGCCAGUACUUUCUUUUCGAUUCGGAGCAACAAAAAUGGUUCAUAGGUGGGCGAGAUAUGGGGUUUUGGGGGUUUCAUUUGGUUGGUAAAAAGAGCAAAAAGAUGAGAGCCACCUGGGUUUUUCGAAGAGUCAAUUUCCGAUUUUCCUACAAAUCGGCAUUAUCCUUUUGAGAGCAAUGAUGGAGGGGAUGUCGUUAUCCUAUUAACUAACAAGCGCUCGUUACGUGAACAUGAUUUUACUCGAUUGGGAACAAAAAUGGGCAAUAAUAGGCUGACGGCAUUCCCUAUUCACUGCCUCUUGGACGCGGGUUUAUUUGGGGGGUUGAUCAUUGCGCUCUAUGAUAACUUUUGGUACUCUUUUUUUGUUCGUCGGUUGGUUUUCAUUGCAUUUUUUUAGGGGGUUUUUCUUUUUUAACUGUCUUUUGGGUGGCAUUUGAGAAACGUUGAUAUUCAUUUAUGUAUUUUUUUUUCCUCCUUUCGCUUUACUUUUACUACUUUUUACUCUCUUGCCCUCGUUUUAUGGCUGCAUGGAGGUUUUGGUUUCAGGUUUUUUUCUUCUUUUCUUUCACCUUUCAUGUUAUUUCUUUUUUUCUUCUGGAAUGGAGAUGGAAUGGAAGGAGGGCGAUGGAGAAUAUUGUAGGAUGGGAUUGGUUUGCUUUUUACGGGGUUUUUUUUCUUUUCUUUUCUUUCACGUUUUAUUCUUUACUUUUUUUUUUUUUUUACCUCUGUGCUGGGCACUAACUUCUCUCAUUUCUAUCUUGUAUUCUUCUUUCUUCUUAUUCUUACUCUUUAACAAUUUUCUUGACUCCACAUUCUACCUUACCUGCUAGCCAUACCUAUGCAUGAUAAUAGUCUAGUCUAGUCUACUCCA